AUGAACACCCGACACCAUGCCCGCACCGGCUCGAAAGGCACAAAGGUCCUCCCGCCACAUGCUCGACCUGCGAAACCUCCCGUGUUGAGACGCGGGACGAGCUAUAACAAAGCUGAGUCACAUCAUCAACAUUCCCAUUCUUCUGGCACGAAAGCUGCGAGUAGAAAGGUGGAGGAGCCGGCGGAUGAAGACGAGGAGAGUGGCAUGUCGAGUUUCUUGCAGUAUUGCGCAACAUGCGAACGACAAAUCAUAACCCCCGGCUCCACAAUCCUCUACUGCUCCGAAGCCUGCCGCAAAAAAGACAUCUCCCGCCCCCCCUCCAUCCCCUCCCUCCACGCCAUCUCCCCCUUCACCGAAUCCCCCUACUCCCCCUUCGACCUCCCCUCCGGCGACAUCAUGCCGCAACGCAGCCCGACCGUCCUACGACCCCUCUCCAUCGCCUCCUCCGCCUCCGACUUUGACCUUUCCUCCCUCGCUGGGGCCGACUCACCGCUUACCUCCUCCCCCUGGCGUCGAGAAAGCGACGACCCCGCGUUGAGAUAUCUCGAUCAAUUCUCCUCGGAUCUGGCUCUGAGGAGGAGGAGUCGAACCCGGGAGUCGAGUUCUGGAUUGCCGAGUCUGGUGCAUUCGCCGAGUAGUUCGUAUGGGACCGUGGCGAGCAGCAGCACGGCGUCCUCCCAACACCACCACGGUCACGUCCACCACCAUCCCGCUCCUCCUCCUCCUCCUCCGACGACGACGACGACGAUGAAUAAGAGGGACAUGUACUCCACCUCCCACCACACUUCCAAGUCCAUCGACCUCGUCAUGCCAUACAACAUCUCCUGCUCCUCCACCACCACCAGCACCACCGAAACGACGGGAAACGGACCCAUGAGUCCCACGCAAUUAUUGAAAGACGCGAGUUUGAAGAGUAGCGCGAGUACAUUGACGAGUUUCCGCACGGUGGAAGCGGGGGAUCUGUCGUAUGAAAAGAGAAAGGACAGGAAAAGCGCGAUCGAAGUGCAGGACUUUACGAUGGCGGGGGAGGAUGAGAAUGAGGGGUGGGCGGGGAGGAGUUUUAGGAGGAGGAGGAGUCAGCGGGUGUGA